CCCUGCCUCUCGCUGCAGGGCCUUCGCCUAUUCUGUUCCCUCUUCCUGGCACAACUCCCAGCUCCCUCCCCUCUGGGUUGGCUCCUACUUUUCCUUUGGACCUCAGCUUAGAUGUAGCCUCCUCCAGGAAGCCUGUCCCCCCUGCCUGGUCAGAUCUGGCUCCUCCUCUGAGCUCCCACUGGCCCCCCGACCCCCCCCGAGGGGAGCUCUUCCCCUACAGUCGUGGCCUCCUUUCCUCUGGCCUCCACUGUGGGCUCCUCCGGAACCAGGAUCGUGAGCUCGUCCGCGGGAUCCUGGGCCUGGCGCGAUGCCUGGCACGCAGGGGUGCGGAGUGCAUGUGUGGGCGAACCCGCGAGGGGGUGCCGAGGCCUAACCCGGCUGGGAGAGCAGAGUGGCUCACUCCUGGUGACCCAGGCACUCGUUCAUUCAUACGUCCACUCCCGUACUGUCCAGGAAGCAUCCGCUCGGUGUCGGGCACUGGGCUACGUGCUGGCGGGACAGCAGAGAGCAGGGCACACGAAAUCCUCACCCUUGUGGGCUGCGUAUCUGACAGGCACAGACGAGCCAGCGGAGGAAAUGCAUGUGUGCUCCUAUCAGAGAGACAACAAGGCAGGGGGAUGCCGAGGGAGACAGAGCGGGACACGCUGUUUUAUAGGUGGUGGUCAGGGAGGGCCUUUCUGAAGAGGCGACACUUGGGCAGAGACAUGCAGGACGUGAGGGACUGGGUUAUCCAAAUAUCCCGUCAGGCUGGAGAAACAGCACGUGCAAAGGCCCUGAGGUGGGGAGGCUGUCUGGUGAACUUGAGGAACGGUGAGGCCAGUGUGUUGCCCAGAGAGAAUAAGUUAGCAGGGGCCGUGGUAAGAGUUUAGGUUUUUUUCUACAGAAGCCAUUGGAGGGCCUUGGGGCCGUUAGCCUGAGGCGCGGGUGGGCACACAGGUACCUGUCAUCUCCCCCGUUUUAGGAGAUCUCACAAGUGACGCUUUUUCUGUUAACUGGCAGGGGCUCUGUAAGAAGUCAGUGGAUUAGCAGAGCAGUGCAUAUGGCAGGAUGGGCUCAGGGUUGGCUCCGGUGCCGUCCCGUCUCCUGGCUUGCCUUGCCUGCACGCACGCAGGAGUCCCGCGUCCUCGUCCUUGACAGGAAACCAGGGGCUGCAUUCCCACUGCUGUUGUCCUGCUGGUUCGCACCCACAGACGGAGAAUUUUAGCCAACCAUAAACCAGAGAGGAGCCAGCCAACCAGUUCUCACUCAAGUGUGAUUGACUAGCAGCAGGCGGUUCCAAUGAUGGAAUCCCAGGCAUCUGGGAAGAGCAGAGGAAAAGGGCCUUUUAUGAGCCUCAGGGCUUUGGAGGUGAAGCGACAGCUGGGGCCUGCAAGAUGCUCCCACGCAAGGCUCUUCUGCACCAAGACCUCGAACACCGUGUGUGCCCGCUGCGAGAACAGCACGUACACCCAGCUCUGGAACUGGGUUCCCGAGUGCUUGAGCUGCGGCUCCCGCUGCGGCGCCGACCAAGUGGAGACUCAGGCCUGCACGCGGGAGCAGAACCGCAUCUGCAGCUGCAAGUCGGGCUGGUACUGCACGCUGAGGAGGCAGGGAGGGUGCCGGCUGUGCGCACCCCUGCGCAGGUGCCGCCCGGGCUUCGGCGUAGCCAAACCAGGAACUGCAACGUCAGACGUGGUGUGCGCUCCGUGUGCCCCAGGGACGUUCUCCAACACGACGUCAUCCACAGAUACCUGCCGGCCCCACCGGAUCUGUAGCUCGGUGGCCGUCCCUGGCAACGCCAGCGUGGAUGCGGUGUGCUCACCUGCGCCCCCCACCGUGAGAACGGCCCCGCGCCCCGCCUCCACGCGGCAGCCAGGGUCCACGCAGCCCCGGCCCGCGGAGCCAACGCCAGGACCCAGCACGCCUCCUCGGACCUCCGUUCUGUUCCCGGCGGUCCCCAGCCCCCCGGCCGAAGGGCUCAGCACAGGCGACAUCUCGCUUCCGAUCGGACUGAUUGUAGGUGUGACGACCUUGGGUCUGCUGCUAAUAGGGCUGGUGAACUGCGUCAUCGUGACCCAGAAGAAGAAGAAGCCCUUCUGCCUCCAGGGAGAAGCCAAGGUGCCUCACCUGCCCGCCGAUAAGGCCCACGGCGGCCCCGGCCCCGAGCAGCAGCACCUGCUGACCACGGCGCCCAGCUCCAGCAGCAGCUCCCUGGAGAGCGCAGCCAGCUCCGCGGACGGGAGGGCGCCCCCCAGGGCCCAGCCGCCGGCGCCAGGCACCGGGAAGGCCCAUGGGUCUGGGGAGGCGCAGGCCAGCUCCAGCAGCUCAGAGCCUUCGUGCGGCGGCCACGGGACCCAGGUCAACGUCACGUGCAUCGUGAACGUGUGCAGCAGCAGCGGCUCCGACCACGGCCCUCAGUGCUCCUCCCAGGCCAGCCACACGACGGGGGACGUGGAUGCCGGCCCCUCCAGCUCCCCAGAUGACCAGCAGGUCCCCUUCUCCCAGGAGGAGUGCCCGUUUCAGUUCCAGCCAGGGGCUCUAGAGACUCUGCUGGAGAACCCAGAGGAUAAGCCCCUGCCCCUUGGUGUGCCUGACGCUGGCAUGAAGUCCAGUUAGCCAGACUGGCGUGAGCUGUGUCACAGCCCAGGUGGGCUGUUCCUGGGCCUUCUAGGCCCCCACCCCCCAGGACUCUGGCUCUUUCUGGGCCAAAUUCCUUUAGUGGCCCCACAGCCUCAGCCUUCCUCUCAUCUGCUGGCAGAAGGGUGAGGCAGGGAGAAUUGUGGGAAAGCGCUCCUGGCGUGGUGUGCGUCCCUCCGGGAGGCUAGCUGGACGUGGGCAUGCCGGCCCGCCUGGAGCCAGCCCUUGCCACUCUGAGUGCCGCCCCCCCGCCCCAGCUGGUCCUGCGAGUUCAGCUUCUAGAGCCCUUAUUUUUGUAAUUUUUUACUUUAAAAAAAAAUCCCUGGGCUCUGUGCAGCCCUGGCUUCCUGGGAGGCCCCGCAUCCUGCCUUCCAUGGAGAAGGGGCAGUGCUUUAGCCUGAUGCUGAGACUAUAGGACGGUCCCAGCAUGGCGGGGGCGGGGGGUGUCCUUGAUCAGAUGGUUCCGUGCAGGGAGGGGACGGGGACCCCGGGUGCAGCUUGCAGCACCCCCGGAUCCGUGCCUGCCAGCUUUACCUCCUGCACGCGGCGGGAAUCAGACACUCAGAGGGCCCAGCCAAGCAGCCCCCGCGAGUGCUCCGGUUGGGGCAAGACGGCCAACCUCCAACCAGAAAUCUUCCGAUUUUAACACCCGGCAAUUAAAAAAAGAAGAAGAAAAAGAAAAGCACCGUGCAGGCGGAGGAGCCAGCAAAAUGACCAAGCGGAAGUCGGAGCUCGCUGGUCUCUGCUUUGACCGUCACGGAUUCACCUGCGGCUCCAGCCCCGCCUCCCGCCUCCCGCCUCCGCCUCCCGCCUCCGCCUCCCGCCUCCCUCGGUGCCGGCUUCCCCGAGGGAAUUUCAGGAACCGGAGAUGACUGAGGCCCACAGUCUCCCUCCUCCUACCUCAGCCCCCGCCUCCGAGGAGGCUCCUCUUGGCCUCAGCACCCCCACCUUGCUGGUCCUGGAGCCCCAGGGAGCCUGCGGGGCCGCCGGGGUGCUCUGCCUGCCGGGGUCUCCUGGGGACGCGGGACGCCGAGAGCCAGUCUUGUGUCCGUGUGUCUGUCGUGUGCUGUUGGUCUGUGGAGCCGUGUUGUUGGGUCGUCCGGCCGGCCCGAAGCAGCUGAAACCGGCAGUUCUGUCCCAGGAUUCUUUCCUGUUAACGGGUCAGGCCCCUUCCCCCAGACACGCACCCAGGAGUCCUUCAGAGCACGGAUGGACAGACGGACGCGUGCGGCCUUGACCGAAUUCUGGAAGGAACGGGGUGGGGUGGGGGGCUCCUGGACAAGCCAGCCGGGUCCCGGGUACUUGGAUCCCUUGUUGAAAAUUCCACUGGACUCGGGGCUGGACUUGGAUCUGAGCUCUGGACGGUAGGCGAGUCCAGCCAGUGCCACGAGGAGAAAGAGCUUCCCAGAAACCAGGAUUCCCUUGGAGUCCGACGUCCGGCUGCCCGGCAGCCCCUGCCCCUGCCCCUGCCCUGCCCCUGCCCUGCCUCUGCCCCUGCCCCUGCCCUGCCCCUGCCCUGCCCCUGCCCCUGCCCCUGCCCUGCCCCUGCCCUGCCCCUGCCCCCGGCCUCGAGGCGGUGGAGCGUGUCUGCCCCCUGGUGGGCCGCCCCGGGACGACCUCAGGCCCCGCUGCUCUCCCAGGGCAGCUCUGACCCCGAAGGAGACCCUCCCUGGGGGGCCGCGGCUCCCAGGCUUGUUGAUCCCCGAGUUUGUACUGUAUACUGGGCAGCACUCCUGCUUCUAAGUAAACCUUGUUUUGUACAUCGA